GGCUGUGCAAUGCACAAAGAUUUGAACACAAUUAAGGCUGGUGCAAAGGCAAUGGGAGAGCUAUGGGCAAGGAUGAAAAGUAGUCAUUGUCCUGGCCCUAUAGCACUCCCAGCCAAGGGCAAGUCAGCGCCAUUGAAUCAGCAUGCCACAUUGGGGCCACCCGGUAUAGCACUGGCAGUAUUACCUGAUUCAGGGGCAAUUAGACUUACUAUGCUUGCUGGGAUUCUCAUGAACAACAAGGAUGACAAGAAAGGGUGUCAGGAUAUGCACCAUGAUUGGUUCCGACAAAAAUGUGGCUGUGCGCAUCGAUUUCCAGAUACAAGCAAUACCCGAUUUGGCUCCCACCUUCGUGCUGCAAUAGAGCUCUUUAUUCUAUGCCCAGAAUACAUUGAAUUCAUGGAGUUUUGCCACAAUAAAAAGAUCAAUCUGGGCUAUAACAAUAUGGAAGAAAAUAUUUAUCGUGGCCUCCAUGACCCAUCCACUAUCACAGAACUGGCUGUUCUAUCCCUCAUUGGCCAAGCGGUCUCCUUCCCAUACAUGAAAUCAGUCUGCUCUAACAAUCAGUCCCAAAAAAACAUGUUAGAGAUGGGACCAUUCCACGAAAAAGUCAAGGCUCAUAUUGCCAAGAUUAUUCAGAACCCCGAUCUUGUUCUGGAUGUGGGCAAAUGGAAGAAUGAGGGAAACCUUCUGGGAGAAGGUUGGGAAGAUCCCCUAGUGUUUGAUGCACUGAAGUGGGAUAAAGAGAAAUUGCCAUACCUAUGUGAAAUGCUCAUUGCAUUUUGCAAAGGCACACUCCAAAAGUGGUCCAAUUUCACCACUGAAUUUGCACCAGAUGGGACCAUUUCUUCUAUGAGUCCAGAUGAGAAGCAUUGGGCAUUUAUGCCAACAACGAAUGAUGCAAAUGAGGGGAUGCUUGGUACUGUCAGG